AUGUCUCACCAUAUAAAACAUGGAACAAAUAAUAGAAUAUCGUUCCAUGUAAUAGGUGGACCAAAUACAAGAAUGUCUCACCAUAGAAUAGGUGGACCAAAUACAAGAAUGUCUCACCAUAGAAUAGGAGGACCAAAUACUAGAAUGUCACACUAUGAAAUAGGUGGACCAAAAACUAGAAUGUCUCACCAUAGAAUAGGUGGACCAAAUACUAGAAUGUCUCACCAUGGAAUAGGAGGACCAAAUACUAGAAUGUCUCACCAUAGAAUAGGAGGUCCAAAUACUAGUAUGUCUCACCAUGAAAUAGGUGGACCAAAUACUAGAAUGUCUCACCAUAGAAUAGGAGGACCAAAUACUAGAAUGUCACACUAUGAAAUAGGUGGACCAAAAACUAGAAUGUCUCACCAUAGAAUAGGUGGACCAAAUACUAGAAUAUCUCACCAUAGAAUAGGUGGACCAAAUACAAGAAUGUCUCACCAUAGAAUAGGUGGACCAAAUACAAGAAUGUCUCACCAUAGAAUAGGAGGACCAAAUACUAGAAUGUCACACUAUGAAAUAGGUGGACCAAAAACUAGAAUGUCUCACCAUAGAAUAGGUGGACCAAAUACUAGAAUGUCUCACCAUGGAAUAGGAGGACCAAAUACUAGAAUGUCUCACCAUAGAGUGGGUGGACCAAAUACUAGAAUGUCUCACCAUAUAAUAGGAGGUCCAAAUACUAGUAUGUCUCACCAUGAAAUAGGUGGACCAAAUACUAGAAUGUCUCACCAUAGAAUAGGAGGACCAAAUACUAGAAUGUCACACUAUGAAAUAGGUGGACCAAAAACUAGAAUGUCUCACCAUAGAAUAGGUGGACCAAAUACUAGAAUGUCUCACCAUGGAAUAGGAGGACCAAAUACUAGAAUGUCACACUAUGAAAUAGGUGGACCAAAAACUAGAAUGUCUCACCAUAGAAUAGGUGGACCAAAUACUAGAAUGUCUCACCAUAGAGUGGGUGGAUCAAAUACUAGAAUGUCUCACCAUAGAAUAGGAGGUCCAAAUACUAGUAUGUCUCACCAUGAAAUAGGUGGACCAAAAACUAGAAUGUCUCACCAUAGAAUAGGUGGACCAAAUACUAGAAUGUCUCACUGA